AAAAUGGAGGAGUCUCUAUACGACGAGUUCGGUAACUACAUCGGUCCGGAGCUUCAUAGCAGCGAGGACGAGUCCUCGUCCGGCUCGGAAAGUGAUGCAGCUAGCGACCACGAGAGUGAGCCAGAGGUGGACGAUGCAGGUCGUCAAGUGGAUGCUCUGGCGCUUCACAAUGACGAGGACAACGCUAUCGUCCUCCACGAGGAUAAACAGUAUUACCCCGAUGCCAGCGACGUGUACGGGGACGCCGAGACGCUCGUAAUGGAGGAAGAUGCCCAGCCCAUCGAAAAGCCCAUCAUCGAACCCGUUAAGACCAAAAGUUUCUCCGUUUUGGAGCAGAAAAUCCCUCGAACGACCUAUUCGACCCAGUUCCUUACCAGUUUAAUGGACCACCCGCAGCUCAUCCGCCACGUAGCGGUCCUCGGAGACCUUCACCAUGGCAAAACGCUGUUUACAGACCUGCUAGUGCAACAGACUCACGUGGACAAGUGGGAUCCUGCAGUUGAGAAACGAUACACAGACACCAGGAAGGACGAGCAGGAGCGCAAAGUCUCCAUCAAGAGUGCACCAGUGUCGCUCGUGCUGCCCACAUCUAGAGGGAAACAUUACUUGCUCAAUGUAUUGGACUGUCCUGGCCACGUCAACUUCUCGGACGAGACCACCGCAGCUCUCCAAGUGGCGGACGGAGCGGUGAUCGUGGUGGACGCUAUUGAGGGCGUCAUGAUGAACACGGAGAGACUGGUGAAGGCGGCAUUGAGAGCCAACGUAGCCAUUGUAUUGGUGCUCAACAAGGUGGACAGACUCAUUAUUGAGCUCAAACUGCCACCUGCCGACGCGUACUUCAAGCUACUGCAUACGAUUGAGGAGAUUAAUGCUGUAAUUGACGCGAAUACGCCAGCGAACCAGGAGAAACAGCGCGUGUCACCAGAGCUGGGCAAUGUGUGCUUUGCCUCGGGUCAACAUGGAUGGAGCUUUACGCUCGAGUCGUUCGCUCAAAUCUACGCGGAGACGUACCCUGGAGUGCCUUCGUCGGAGCUGGCCAAGAGGUUCUGGGGCGACAAGUACUUUAACCCACAGACACGCACAUUCACGAAGAAAUCGCCAUAUCCUGGUGCAUUGCGGUCAUUCAUCCAGUUCGUACUGGAGCCGCUGUACAAAAUGUACUCGAAGGUGUUGAACGGAGACCCUAAGGAGCUCUCGGCGUCGCUGCGUGCCAUGGGAUUACGCUUGAGAAAGGAAGAAUUGAACCUGAACCCUCGUCCGCUGCUUAAACUUGUUCUGGGCAAAUUCUUCGGCAAUGUGACGACGGGGUUUAUGGAUAUGGUGGUGACUCACGUGCCCUCGCCGCUUGUGACAGCGAAGACCAAACUGGAGACUAUUUACACUGGCAACCAGAACGCUGAGCUGAGUAUUGUGCGAGGAAUCCAGUCGUGCGACUCCAAUGCGCCUUUGAUGGUCAACAUUGUCAAGCUGUACUCGUCUCCUGACGGCACGACGUUUAGCGCAUUCGGCCGCGUGUAUUCCGGUGAAGUUCGUGAGACCAAGGACGUUAAAGUGUUGGGAGAGGCAUACAGCGCUGAAGACGACGAAGAUAUGUGCACGCGGACAAUUGAAGGCGUGUGCAUUGCUCAAGGACGCUACAAGAUUCAGGUGAACCGUAUCCCGGCAGGUAACUGGGUCUUACUUGAAGGAGUGGACGCUUCGAUCACCAAGAGCGCCACCAUCACCGAUGCAGACGAAGACCUCUUACAAGACGAAGAAGUGGGGAUCUUCCGACCUAUUCACAUCGCGUUUGGCACUACCGCAGUGAUGAAGCUCGCUGUGGAACCAUUAAACCCUGCAGAACUACCGAAGAUGCUCGAAGGUUUGCGGAAAAUCAGCAAGAGUUAUCCACUUGUACGAACGAAAGUGGAAGAGAGUGGAGAGCAUGUGAUUCUGUGCACUGGAGAGCUGGCAGCGGACUGUAUCUUGCAUGACUUGAGAAGGAUGUACUCGGAGAUUGAGAUCAAGGUAGCUGACCCUGUUGUGGCCUUCUGCGAGACUGUGGCCGAGACCUCUUCGGUCCAGUGCUUUGCCGAGACACCUAACCAGAAGAACAAGAUCACGAUGAUCUCCGAGCCUUUGGACGCUGGUCUAGCGCAGGACAUUGAGUCAGGUGCUAUUAACCUCGACAUGGGCAAGAAACAAGUCGCUAGUUUCUUCCAGACCAACUACAAAUGGGACGCGCUCGCUGCUCGCUCCGUAUGGGCCUUUGGACCGGAAAGCAAUGGGCCGAACGUCUUGCUGGACGAUACGCUGGCUACUGAAGUGAACAAGUCUUCGCUGAAUAUGAUCAAGGACAGUAUUGUACAGGGUUUCCAAUGGAGCUGUCGCGAAGGUCCGUUGUGUGACGAACCCAUCCGUAAUACCAAGUUCAAGAUCCUGGACGCUACCAUUGCGUCCGAGCCGAUUCAUCGCGGUGGUGGACAAGUGAUCCCGACGUCCCGUCGUGUGGCUUACUCGGCUUUCCUGACUGCCACUCCGAGGAUGUUGGAGCCUAUGUAUGCACUGGAAAUCCAGUGUCCUGCUGACACAGUGUCGUCGCUUUAUCAGGUGCUGAGUCGUAGGCGUGGACACAUCACGCACGAUGCUCCCAAGGCAGGUUCGCCGCUGUAUACAGUGCGAGGCUUCGUGCCGGUGAUCGAGUCGUUCGGACUCGAGACGGAUCUGCGAGUGUUCACACAGGGCCAAGCUUUCCUCACUCAAGUGUUUGAUCAUUGGGCGGUGGUACCGGGUGAUCCACUGGACACGAGCGUUGUGCUUCGACCACUGGAACCUGCACCGGUGAACGAUUUGGCUCGAGAGUUCAUGGUCAAGACUCGACGUCGCAAGGGACUGAGUGAGGACGUGAACGUCAGCAAGUACUUUGAUGAACCUAUGCUGAGGGAGUUGGCGAGACACGAGGUGGAGCUGCAGAACCUCAUCUAGACAGACAGCAGCUAGCAGUGAAUACAAUGGACAGUUGGUAUUCCACCUAACGAUGAUCCAGAUCCAAAUAACUUGAUUUUUGUAUUGGAAAUUCAACGUUGACUUGAAGCAGUAGCAGUAUUUAUUUUAACAAGCAGAAGAUGGAC